UACUCCACUUAAGAUAUUGCAUUGUACUUGUGCCACUAAAAAUAUGACUCUGCGUGCCUACAAUCUGUCAGCUGUUCCUUUUAUUUUCCUGCUGUUUCUAGGGCAUCUUGCUAAGAGUCAACUUGAUUAUAGGUUUUAUGAUUCCACUUGCCCGAAUCUGACAAGGAUCGUAAGAUAUAGUAUCUGGCCUGUCAUUGCAAAUGAUACUAGAAUGGCUGCAUCUCUUUUGCGACUUCACUUCCAUGACUGCAUUGUGAAUGGAUGCGAUGGCUCUGUCUUACUUGAUCCUACUAGCACAUCCACGGGCGAGAAGAAUGCUCGUCCUAAUAGAAAUUCAGCUAGAGGUUUUGAGGUUAUUGACAAAGUGAAGGCAGAUGUGGAGAAAGUUUGCCCUUCGACAGUUUCUUGUACUGAUAUAUUGACUCUUGCAACCAACGUGGCUCUCAGUCUAGUUGGAGGGCCUUCGUAUUACAUCCCCUUAGGUCGUCGUGAUGGAGUCACAGCAAGUGAAAGUGCAGCAAACAGUGACAUUCCAUCACCAUUUGAACCUUUGAAAAACAUUACAGCAAAGUUUACAUCUAAAGGUCUAAACUUGCAAGAUAUGGUUGUCCUCUCAGGUGCACACACAAUUGGUUUUGCUCAUUGCUCUACAUUUAAGGAAAGGCUAUUUGAUUUUGAUAAUACCGGGAGUCCUGAUCCAAACCUCGACACCUCACUUCUCAGCAACCUUCAAAGUGUAUGUCCAAACCAAGCUUCUUCUGAUACCAACCUUGCUCCGCUGGAUCCUGUAACUAUUAAUAAGUUCGACAACAUAUAUUACAAGAACUUAAUGAACAAGACGGGGCUCCUACGAUCAGACCAGGCACUUAUGGGGGACAAUACAACUGCUGCCAUGGUCUUCAACUAUAGCAAGUACCCUUACUUGUUCUCUAGGGAUUUUGGAGCAUCUAUGGUGAAACUUGGCAAUGUUGGUAUUCUUACAGGUCAAGAUGGGGAAAUAAGGAAGAAUUGCAGGGUGGUAAACUAAAAGUAGCUGAUCCCUCUGUCCAAAUUAUACCAAAUAAAAAUAUGUAUUAGAGUUGAUUGAAAGUCCUUUGAUAUUAUCCCAUGCCAACCAAGUUAUGUAAUGCUAUGCCAGUUUCUGAAUUCAUAUCAGCUGUGUUAUGGUACUGUGCACUUUUGCUUGUAA